AUUCUUUUCUAAAUUUUGUACAACAACAACACUUGACAGUAAUAGUUAAACAAAAAGUCGGAGUAGCACACAGAAACAUCCAUUGGGUGUAGGUGUUAAUCUAUGUGGUAGGCCAAAGGUCCUAACGAGCAGAGGGCCCAUCCACCCACACCCCUUGCACCCGCACCACCCACAAAAUGGAGAGUGAGAAAAUAUUGAUGGCAGCUGGUGUGACAGUGGCAGCUGUGGUUGGCGCAUUUGUAUUCUGGGGUCCUUCAGGUUCACGUUUGCGCCAGCGUCGUGGUCAAAUAGCUGGACUGCAUAAUUUUGGUCGCACUUGCUUUUUAAAUACGCUGCUGCAGGCGCUGGCAGCGUGUCCACAAUUUAUAGCCUGGCUACAGUUAUACAAUGGCGUAACAGCCGACCGCAAGAGCUUGAUAAGCUCCAUGCUGAGCACGCUGGAGGUGGUAAAUGGAACACAUGCUACGCUGCGUGGAGAUCCACACUCACCUGGUGCUGUGCUGCGCGCUCUGAACACACUGGGCUGGAUGAUACCACAGGAGGAGCAUGAUGCACAUGAACUCUUCCAUGUGCUGCUCUCAUCGCUGGAGGAGGAAUCGACACGGCCACAGCAAUUGGGUUGUUUGUCAGAUGCACUGAUGCCGCAUGCGGAGCAGGAAGGUGAGCCGGCCUACAGAAUGGCCAUGAAUCAACGCAUAGGCGAUCAGCCGAAUCGUCCCUCAAGCGCUAUGCUCUCGGACUUUCUCAACAUGGACUAUGAUGAGUCGACCAAUUUGCAACGUCUGGUGCGCUCCGAGGCGCAUACACCAGACUCACCCAGCUCGGUGUGUGAACGCGAAGCUGCCACCGGUGAUCCACUCACACCUGGCUGUCAGUCUGCUUUGGAUUUUCUGGCUGCACAGCCGCUGAAUGCUUCGCCUAUGCUGGGCGGCGAGCGUCAGUCACGCUCACGCCAGCAGCAGCAGCCAUUACAACAACCAGGUGGCGAAGGGCUCAAUCGACGUGUGUCCAGCUCUUGUCGCUCGCUGGAGCGUCUCAACCGCGGACCUGGACGUGUAUCCAUAUGGUCUAGCAUGAUGCCAAGCCAGGUAGCACAUCCUUUUCAAGGCGCCAUGGGCGCUCAACUCGUCUGCAAUGGCUGUGGCUCCAAGUCGGCAGUGCGUUAUGAUAAAUUCGACAGUGUUACACUUAAUUUGCCCAGUCAACGACGCACUGGACUCAGUCUUGGGCAUCUGCUCAGCGAGUAUAUAACCUCCGAGGAGCUAAGCGAUGUUAAGUGUGAUUCUUGCAAUGAAACAACCACGCAUACCAAGUCGGUUACCUUUGCCAAGCUCCCCGCCUGUCUUUGCAUUCAUGUAGCUCGCACCGUUUGGCUGCCCACGGGUCAGGUGUGCAAGCGUCAGGAUUAUGUGCACUUCCCCGAAAGUCUCUCCAUGGCGCCCUACAGCUUUGUGCAGCCGCAUCUUAACAGUCAGGCUGGCACACCUUGGGGCUCCACUAUGUCGCUUUAUUCUUCUAGCCUGCCCAUGAAUAAUGGUCUGGGUGGUGGAGAAGGCUUUGGCGCCAUGUUUCCCAAAAAUUUGUAUCGCCUGCUGGCGGUUGUUGUGCAUUCCGGCGAGGCAAACAGCGGACAUUUCGUCACUUAUAGGCGUGGCUCCUUGCGCAAUGCCCAUCGCUGGUUCUAUACAUCGGAUACCAUAGUGCGGGAGGUGUCCAUAGAUGAGGUACUAAGCGUGCCCGCCUAUUUGCUUUUCUAUGAUCGUGGACAGCAACGUCAGCCGCUAAUGCGUUGAAUAUAUACCGUUAUAUAUAGAUAUACACCGUUAAAUACUUUUGAUGUGUCGUCGUCGGCCUAGUCAUUCUUUUUCGAAAAAAGAACACUCGUAAAUAUAACGAUGCCAUAAAAAACCAAAAAAAAUCACAGUUAAGAACAAAAGGCAUUUCAAAACCAGUUUAUAGGCCUAACAUAUAGAACUAUAUAAACAUAACACUAAUAUUUCUAUUAUUUGUUACAUCCAAUGCAUUUAAAAUUUUAA